AUGGGAUGUGUUAGUUAAAAAUAAAGUCAGGCUUAACAGCAAAACAAAUGUAGAUUCCAAAGCUCCUCUUUUUCCAACGUUCAUCAGAAUAAAAAAUUAAAUAUCGAAUCCCCUUAUAUACCAGACAAUAAUACACCAAUAUUAUAGUGUAGGUCGAUUGAUAUAACCAAAGAUGAAGAAUUUAUUUUAAAAAGAGACAAGAAAUUUAUUGUUUCUAAUCAGGAAUCACCUACUACAACCCCAAAAUUUAAUUAAUAGAAUUUAGUGAGCCUUGGACAAAGAAAAAAUUUCAAAGUGAUGUGAAGC